AUGGUUUUACUUUUUCUAGGCUGCAGGUGUUUGCCAGCCACAUACCAAACAGCAUUUGCUAUCCCAGCUCUCUCCUCUAACAUGCUUUUGCCAGGUGUAGGUAUGUUUGGUUUAGACACAAGGAUUUACAACAUGACUGAAAUAUUCACUGCUUCCGAUACCAGCACUCUUAUUUUUAUCUUUGUAGCCAUGGCAUCAAGUGAAGCAGGACAGCCACCACCACAUUCUAAUGUGUGGACCCUCUAUUGCCUAACUGACUUGAGACAAGGCCAAAAAUCAUCACCGUCCCUUUCUCCUGCUGGAGCUGGUAUUCCUUACUCCCAGGCAACCCUCAGUCUUUCCAGGGGGAAAGAUCAACACUGUGGUCAGCUGUCACAAGUAUCCACUCCGAUUUACAUGAUACAAGAAGCAAGCAAGAGAAGAGAUGCUCCACCUUUCAUUUUAGUGGGCUCUAAUGUUCAGAAUGCGCAGGACUGGAAACCUAUUCCUAGGCACGCUGUCUUUGCACAGCAAGAGGCAGAUGCUAGGAGGAGAUUCGCUACAGUCCCCGUCCCAGUCGCCAGGCCAGCUGAUGAGCCAACAGAUAUGGCAAGCCCCAAAUCCAAUUCUGCAGAGGAAACUGCAGCUCAGCCGUGCACACCUGAUACCAUCUUAGUUGCUAUCCCUCUGGAUGAUGUGAUGUCUGCAAAGAAAGGCUCGCCUGCUGGUGAUAAGCACCCAGGUAUAAAUGCUCUUGCAGAAAGCUGUGGUACUGCAGGAUUGAUUGCCAUGACAUUGGGCCCAGAGCUAGGGCAUAAAUAAGUCAGCUUGCUUCUUGCAUGGGU